AUGCAGGACGCAGGCAGUGGAGGCAAGGCAGGCGAUGCGCCUUCGAACGCGGCAGGAGAGGCGAGUAAUCCCUUGGAGGAGGAGGAGGAAUACAUCCCGAGUCUCCGAGCCAAUGCGCAGGCAAUGGCCAUUUUCGUACCACUGGAAGAAUCCCUCUUUGAGCCUUCUGAAGCACCCAAGACCAAUGGCGAGCGUCUCGAAAAGACCAUCGACAAGCUGGACAAGCACUUUGCGGCGGUGCAGGAAAACAUCAUGUUCGUCUAUGAGCGAGAGCGGCGUCGCAUCAUUCAGGUUGCGAAGAAAAUGGAAACGGUGAACGGGCCUGUUGAGACAGACACUUCUCUCACGCCUCACGACCAGGAGGUCUUGCAGGCCUACAUCGAAGCACCGUUGCCGCCUGGCGCCAACUACGCUGCUUACCACAGCCGAAUUCAGACGACAUACACAGCUCCUGUCGCGCCACCAGAAAAUUUGCCGGCUAGGCAAGGUGCCAUUCAGUGGUCUCUAUACAACGCGGGCCAGGAGCUCGUUCAGAUUUAUGGCUAUCAUGAACACGCUGAGAACAUAUUGGCCGGGUAUCGGGCGGCUCUCAAGAAGGAAGUUGAUGCAGGUGCUACCAAAGACGGAAGUGGAGGCGAGACAUCCCAGUCUUGA